CUGCUCCCGGAAGCGCUCGGCGGUAGCCGGCGGGGCAGCAUGUCCGCGUCUUCCAGAAGGAAGAGCAAAGGGCGGCCGGUCCCGGACAGCGGUGGCGGCGGUGGCUCCCCGCGGGCCGCCCACCCUGGCGCUUCUGAGGGCGGGCCGCUGGCGCUGAGUGUCGCUGACGCCGUGGAGGCAGGAGAUGAUAAAGUUCCAAAAAUGUUGCGAAGAGCCCUCGCGCAGCUGUCACUGAGCAGCAUGAAGUCUGCAAACGUAUGCAUAGGUCGUCCAGUCUUGAUUACCUCUGCUGAUGGACGACAGGAGGUCUGUACUGCUUGGCCCACCACAGGCUUUCCAGGCGGGAAAGUUGGGCUGAAUGAAACCACACAGAAGAACCUGAAAGUAAAUCUGGGUGAUGCUGUCACUGUGCAGCCUGUAAUUGGUGCAGUCAUCCAGGCAGAGGAAGUCAAUGUAAAGUUGAGGGACAAAGAUGCCACCAUUAAUGCCGAGGAAAUGUCUGUCUGUCUACUGAGAAAUCUAGAUGGGAAAAUUGUUUUACCAGGAAACCUCUUGUCUUUCGCCUUCUAUGGCAGACUUUGUAACAUCGUGGUGAUGAAAGUGAAAGGAACUGAUGGUGCAGAGCUAUCUGCCCAGAGCAGCGCCAUUUCCAGUGAUGUGCAUGAGCUAGAUGUUGAAAGAUCUGAUUUGGACACAAGUACGUUAGAUUUGUCCUUCCAACUCGGCAAGAUGGACAUUGAUGAUAGUCCAGAGGUUGCAUCUAUGAGCACACCAAGCAAACUGAUGCAUCCAAGUUCACCACUUACACCCAGUUCUGCUGUGACGGCCAGUGGUCAAGGUGAUGGUCAUGGAGAGAAAACCUGGAGCAAGGGAGAUGGCGCAGACCUCAGUGAUGAUUUGGAGUUGCCUGGGAAAGGAGGCAGUGAGGGUCUCCCACUAACUGGCAAAACUGGAGCAAUAAGCAAUACAGACACUUUUUAUUUCAUUUCUUCAAGAACUAAAAUCAAUUUUAUUGAAACAAGGUCCAGUGCAACAGAUGAUGGUGAUUGUGAAUCUCAAGUCACCUAUGAUAUGAUAGGAGGUCUAAGCAGCCAGCUCAGAACUAUUAGAGAAACAGUUGAACUGCCCUUGAAGCAAGCUGAACUGUUCAAGAGUUACGGAAUCCCUCCUCCUAGAGGAGUGCUCCUGUAUGGCCCUCCAGGUACUGGGAAGACUAUGAUUGCCAAAGCCAUUGCAAAUGAGGUUGGUGCUCAUGUUACAGUUAUUAAUGGUCCUGAAAUAAUCAGCAAGUUUUAUGGGGAGUCUGAAUCAAGAUUACGUCAGAUAUUUGCUGAAGCUUCCCUGUGUCAGCCCUCCAUUAUAUUUAUAGAUGAGUUGGAUGCACUCUGUCCCAAGAGAGAAGGGGCUCAGAAUGAAGUUGAAAAGAGAGUUGUUGCUUCAUUGCUGACGUUAAUGGAUGGCAUUGACUCAGAGGGCAGCAAAGGGCAGUGCUUGGUACUUGGGGCCACUAACCGUCCUCAUGCACUAGAUGCAGCACUGCGCAGACCCGGGCGUUUUGAUAAAGAGAUAGAAAUUGGAGUCCCUAAUGCCCAAGACCGUCUGGACAUACUCCAAAAGCUUCUCAAGAAAGUACCCCAUUCACUCACAGCAGCAGAGUUGGCACAACUAGCUGAUAGUGCACAUGGUUAUGUGGGUGCAGACUUAGCAGCCUUGUGCAAGGAAGCAGGUUUGUACGCAUUGCGGAGAGCGCUGGGGAAAAGACCUAACGUAUUAGACAACGAGGUGGCUGGGUCAGUGAUGAUUGCUUUCAAUGACUUCCUACAGGGGAUGAAUGAUGUCAGGCCCAGUGCCAUGAGGGAGGUGGCGGUCGAUGUGCCAAAAGUAUCUUGGUCAGACAUAGGAGGACUGGAAGACGUCAAGCUGAAAUUGAAGCAGGCAGUUGAAUGGCCUCUUAAACAUCCCGACUCCUUCAUCCGAAUGGGGAUUCAGCCUCCAAAAGGUGUGCUGCUUUAUGGACCUCCUGGGUGCUCAAAAACAAUGAUAGCAAAAGCUUUGGCUCAUGAAAGUGGUCUGAACUUCUUGGCAGUGAAGGGACCUGAGCUGUUGAAUAAAUAUGUUGGUGAAUCUGAACGAGCAGUGAGAGAGCUCUUCAGGUGCUGGAAAUGUAGCAGACCGUGUCUUGGCUCAGUUGCUAACGGAAAUGGAUGGGAUAGAACAGCUGAAGGAUGUGACAAUUUUGGCAGCUACAAACAGACCGGACAUGAUAGACAAGAAAGAAGUCUGGCAACAGAAAGAGUUUGUACUGUGAACUUCACUUCAUGGAAAGUCUUUCAGUAUGGGCUUUUAGUUUACUUUCUGAUCAGUAAUCCCUUUGAAAAGGCUUUGCUGAGACCAGGACGAAUAGACAGAAUUAUCUAUGUGCCAUUGCCAGAUGCAGCCACUCGCAAGGAGAUCUUCAAACUUCAUUUUCAGUCCAUGCCAGUCAGUGAUGAAGUCUGCUUAUCAGAGCUCGUUCAGCACACACAGAAGUACUCAGGAGCAGAGAUAACAGCAGUCUGCAGAGAAGCAGCCCUUCUAGCUCUUCAGGAAGACAUACAUGCCAAAUCUAUCAUGGGACGGCACUUUCGGUACGCACUGACUGUCGUGACCCCAAGAAUUCCUGAUUCAUUAAUCCAGUUUUAUGCAGAUUAUCAGCAGCAAAGUGGACUGCACGCGCUUUGAAAGGCAAAUUAAUACGUACACCCAUUCACAGUGUGAAUAGUGAAUUUCCUUUGUAAAGCUGUCAAAAGCCAAAGAAUUUUGUAUUGUGAGUGGAGUGUCCGAAGUUAACUCAAGUGCAGAAUUGUCGUAAUAAAUGCCUGUUAUUGAAAGUUUGGAGCAUAAUUGAUAUAAUCUAAAACUUUAUAUUUUUACAGUUUCAGUGGUAUAAUCUGCAUUUUAGAGGUGGUAAGAUUGUUGGUUUAAGUCAGUUUAUCAGAGUGUGUAUCUGUAAAUCAAAAAGUAAUUAUCAAAUUCUGAAUUUUUGGUGGAUUCUUUGCCCUAAAGAGAGUAGCAACAAGUGUCAUUACUGCCUGUAUUUGUUCCUGCCUCAACCAUAGUCUAAUACCAGGGACUAUCCCAGUGAGGCACAGACCUGAGGAGUGGCCUCACUACAAAAAAUGCUGAAAAUUAUUCUGAACCUUUUGAUUUAUGAUCUCCAGAAAAGCUGCCAAACAGGCUUACCGAACAUAGAGCUUUCCAAGGUAAAACUAAGGUAUCGUGACUGAUCAUAGUGAAAUAUUUAUUUUUCGUCUUAAACAACUCCUCUUUACACGUACUGGGAAUUAGGCACCUUAAAAAUUGUACAUCCCUUGGCUAACCCAAAACCACUGCCAGGCCUCAGUGAAAAAUUUCUGUUGUUGUGUGUUUGUUUCCAUCAAAAUAAAUAGGAAUGUUGACUGGUAAUUUAAAGCUGGCCACUUAAACUGCUAAUGAAUCCUAAUUAAUGAAUAAGAAAACCUCCUUGCAAAAACUGUUAUAAAUGACCACAAAAUAGUUCAGGGACAGAUAAAAUCUUUUUGGCUUAUUUCUUUGUUAUAUGACCUGUUGAAAUGAUGACAGGUCCUUAUGGGCUCUCUGCUCUUGCACUCAGUAUGAAACGGAGAUAAGCAAACUCAUUUUUGGCUUUUUUUCCUCGCAAUAAAAAGACUGAGCUUUUCUAUUCCAGACAUGAAAAAUAGAGGGAAAGGUAAAGCAAAACGAAUACAAACUUUAACAAAAAUGGGACAGAAAAAAAAAAGAAAAAGGUCACAAACCCCUCAAUUUCAUUGGGUAAUUUUGUGUUUUCCUGGUGUUUUGCAGGUAAGUAGAAGAAUUUCCAGAUCAAAAUUUUAGCCAAAUCCGGCUUUCACUUGUUGAAGUAAACAAAUAUAAUUUUAGGCUCUGUGUAAGGUUAUUUUUUGGAUUUGUUUAUCGAUGGUUCUGAAGACUUUUCUUUCUUGCAGUCAUUAGAUAUAUAUUCAGGAGAGAGUAAUAAUUAUUUAGAAAUUUACAUAAACUUCUGAGAAAUUUGUAUGUAUCUAAGGGAGACUUCUACUAUAUUUACUUACAUUAUCAAUAUGAAAUUUUAAAAGUAAUCUCUUGGCCUUGAUUAUGGUUUUUCUCUCUUAGUUCCACCCUGUACAUAAUUUGCAGCUUUCAAACAGAAAUGUACUAUUUUUAAAUAGCAACUUUUCUAUUACUUUUAUUUUAAUCUCUUGUUGCUAUAAUUAGCAUUUUAUUUUACUAUCACUGAAAAGGAUUAGAGGAUGGGAAAAAGCAUGUCGUUUACUUAGUUCAUGUGAUGUAUGUGCAGGUUUUUUUCUUUUUUUCAUUGUUUGACUUUAAUAGCACAACAGACAGAGGGAAUUAAGAAAAGUAUAAAUUGGAAAAGUUGCCUUGGGGAUCAAGACUGCAUUUGAAACUACUUUAUCCUUUUUCUAACUUUUAUAUACUCCAUCUUGAAGAUCAGGAUGCGAACCAUUUAUUAUAACCAUUACGUUUUGGAUGUUUCCAAAAAUUAAAUGCCACACCAUUAUCCCCUGGCACUUUCCUCCAGUGUAUGUUCCUGAAGGAAGGAAAGAAAAACUGUAGUUUUUACUGCCAAUAAUGAAUUCUGUUUAUAAUUUUAUAUCCUAAAAAUAACACUAUGUGAUGCUCCAGAUGAGUAGCAAAACUAAAUCGCCAUUCCUUGAGAAGUGUUCAGUCAGAUCCCUUGGGAAUGUCCACCAACACAUGAAUCUGAACUGAGAGAGGCAGGUAGGAUCUGGCUGCCCUUUCCUAUGUGGGCUCCUGAUGCCAUGAGCUGGAAUUUGCACAUUGAAUUUUAGGACAUUAGGAGAGAAUGCUGGCCCGUGACUGCUGUUCAUGCUUUAGGAAAGAACCCAUCCCUGCAAACAUUUAUCCUCUCAUCCACGCAGUACCACAGGUAUCCACAUGAUAACCAAAUCUCUUGAUACAUACCUACAUGCCUGAAGGGAUUUUAAAUGUAGGAAGCUUCCCUUUUUUACAUAGGGUUUGUAGAACUUGAUUUUUAAAGAAGCAAGAUACUCUUAAAAUUUGAAGUCCCUAGAAGGUUUCUGUUGCUCCAAAAUACUGAUACCACUCAAAAUCUUACUCCGUCCCAAGCCACAGAUAAAUUGAGGUUUAAAGGAAGGUAUGAUGAUUCGCCUUCUCGUUCAUAAUGACAGAUCGUCGUUAUCAUGGACUACCAACUUGAAACUUAUCAAAAACUGGAAAGUAACCAAAAAUUCAGUUUUGGCUAAAGCGUAUCAGCAACAUAGUCCAUUCAGAAUCCAGUCUGGUGAACACUUUUGUACCUUCAGCCUCUCAUUGGAACUUAGUGAUGAGGGCCCUGUAGGACAGAGCACUUCUGAAGUAUCUUCCAUUAGCCUGUCAUUUAAAUGAGUGUUUUUUAAUUCAGAGCUGAACUUUUCACAGGGUGUUUUACUGAACACAUUGUGCCUUGGCACCAAAUCAAAUUGCUUGCAGUGUGAGGCCAUAUAAGCCUGAACACCUCUAUGCUUCAGAGUAAAUCAAAGAUGGAGGCAUUCUUUCUUCUGCCGGGUUAAUCACGUUUACUGUUGUUUGGAUGUUUCCAUGAGAUUUAAUUUUAAUAAAACAAUAGAGGCUCAGUGAAUGGAAGGGAAGGCGUCUGAGAAGAAUAUCUCUCUUCCAUCCUCUCUUUAACUGCUGAAGUGGUUCCUAGGCUUAUUUCUUUACGUUCUUUAGAAAUAAAGUCUUUUUCCUGCCUGCCAUUAUCUUUUGGAGCCAGUUUUUGGCCCCAUAACUGCUUGAGUUGCAGAAUUGUUAACAUUAAAUCAGCUUUUCAACAUUUUAGGCACAUUUUGUUUAAAUACAAACUCUAACUUUUUCCUCCAAUAACAACGUCUUUGAAAUUGGCAUAAAAUAUCUUUUGACAGGUUUGCCAAAAAUGACCAGGAGAAUAUUUAUGACCAAAAUGCAAAAAUGUCUUCACUUAACUUGAAAAAAAGUUCAGUCUUGUAUUCUCCCUAAUGCAUAAACCAGAUUUUCACUGCAGGUACGAUACACAAUUCUUAAGCCUGGAAAAAGAAUGAGGUUUAUUGUGGAUAAUUUUUCUACAGUCACUAAAUGAGAACAGAACAUAAGGUUUACUGAGUUCAGGUGCAAGGGCGAACAUCAGGGACAGAAUAAAGAUAAUUUUCAAAGAUGGAUAUUCAAAAUCACUGAACUUAGACUUGUCAGCCCUUUCAAAUAUUGUGCCCUUAAAGUUUAUUUUUCUGGUUUGUGUAUGCUGGCUCUUUCCUUUCAGUUUCUCUACUCAUUUUAAAUGUCAAAGUGUGGUUCUUCUCCUUCAGAAACUGGGCACGUGCCAAACAUAAUGCUCCUAUAACUGAACAUCAGGCGAUUCUUGCUGCGGGAAGGCUGUCUAUAGAUGGUUUUUCCCUGUGAAGCGGGCGUCAGGCUCUGUGCUGAUGGGGUGUGGAGAGGGUUAGAGAGAAAGCCAAACUCUAGAGCCUGAUGUUUUGCUGUGUACUGCCCAUUAAGCUGAAGUUAACUGAUGGACACAAGUUCAUGGGCAGGAGAACUCUCUCUCCUUACUGCAACAGGCAUGUAUCAGCGCUGUGGAGGAGACAGACCCUUCAGGCUUUUGAUUGUUUCUGACUCUCCCAGAGAGACCAGUCAAUUGGGUGGGCGAAACAGUAUUACCAGUACUAGAAAAGCAAAUAAAUGUCCAGUGGUUUGGGUAGCUCAAUAUGUAGUGAUAACUAGGAGAAAACUUAGAAGGAAUUGUACUUGGAAGAUAGAGUCAUACAUGUGCCUGGAAGGCAGGCACCCACUGUCAAAACCUUGCCAAAAGCCCCUGAAAGAAUUAGUAAAAAGCAUGAAGAACUCUCCCUGCUGCCCGUGAUCACAAAGUUGGGACAAAACUGAAUGUGCUUCCUUCACACUCCUGUGGCUUGGGAUUACCCCUGUGCUAAUGCAGUCAUGGUGCAGGAAGCGGCUUGCAGUGGGAGUUGGGACAAACUGACCUGCGCCUUGACCUGCUCAUGAUACAUAUGAUGGGGAGGCCCAGUGCUUGGCCACCGCUGACAAAGCCAGCACGUAAGGACAGAUGGGAUGAAGGACGGUGGAUAAUCUGUGCAUUCCGGCUACUCUAGCAUGACAUACUGGCCACUGAACUCAGGAGCCAGGUGGCCUAUGUAAAGCUCUUUAUAGCUGUUCCAAACUCUGUCUUAAGGUCCUGGCCAAUAUGGAGCUAACCCAUAACACAGUUGCAUUUGGAAGAUUGGUUUUACAUUGUGACCCUUUUGUAUUUGUAUUUAACAUUCUUGUUAUGGUUGUAGUGAAUUGCGAUAAUUUUUACCUACUGUGAACCCCAAAAUCUUCUGCUUUUGCUGACACCUUUUUUCCCUGACAUGAAAGAAAAUACUGUAGGUGAUCUAAUGCGUGCAAUUUAAUAAAGAGCUUUUCCUAGGGAGCAGAA